UCAAAAUCUCCACAAGCUUCUGCAAAUGGAGAUUGGACCGCAUAUCGCAACCGCGUAGAGACCUUCUGGCGCCAAUUGUAAACGAGUCCAGCAGAAGGGAGUGUAGUUCACCUUUUAUGUGAGGUGAUUGUUGUUAAACACGUGGUGGGUUUGGUCCCCUUCACAUUUUGCCCACCGCUUUCUCUCCUGCACCGCACCUUUUGCCAAACUUGAGGCCGGAUAUAAAGCUACGAGAAUGACUAUUUCAAUCAAUCCCCAGCAGGCAGUUCCAUGAGCUCGUUUACAGUUCCCGGUAUUCAUUGUGUAUUACUGCGCGUCCCACAUAUUGAUUCAGGCAGCGAUUGCACCAUUGCAUUGCACCACGUAAAUUGAGUUGAGUCGAACCAAGGGGGGAAGGAAUGGAGACGAUGCAGUGCGCAACUGCGACGACAACGGGCAUUGGGAGCCUGUUACUCCGCGGAGCUGCUAAAGGUAGGUCUUCGCGUUCACGAGGGAACCACAUGCGAGUGGUGAUGAGGAGCGGCACUACAGCCAAUAGCAAUCGUCUCUCGUUGCUGCAGGCUCUUUCUCAAACGGCUGCUGUGCAGUCUCAACGCUCUCUACAGAGCCUGAUUUCGGAUAUUACUAAAUACGUCAAUCCCCAAAUGUCUAAGGACGCAAGGAACUUGGAGGAGGCUCUGAUGAGUGUGCCUGAUUUGGAGACCAUACCCUAUGAUCUCGUUCGGCGUGAAGCAGACUAUGAAAUCCGAGAUGUUAGGCCACAUGUAGUCGCCGAGACAACAAUGUCUGGGCGUAGUGGCUUUGAUUUCGCCAGCUCUGGUCAAGCCUUCAACACACUCGCGGCUUAUCUCUUUGGCAAGAAUUCAAGGCGGUCCGAGAUGUCAAUGACAACACCUGUGAUUACGAACAGAGGUCAGUCGAGAGGAGAGAAAAUGGAAAUGACCACUCCUGUGAUUCAACAGAGGGGCUCAGGAGACGAGCAAUGGCGAAUGUCCUUUGUGUUACCAGCCAAGUACAACAACGACGCGCCAGUGCCAGAGGAUUUAUCAGUGUCCAUUCGCAACAUUCCAGGGAAGAAAGUAGCAGUGAUGGUAUUUUCAGGAUUCGUAACAGACGAUGAAGUCAAGCGGCGGGAGCAAGCAUUGCGCAGGGCACUGCUCAAGGAUCCAGUGGUGCGUGUCAAAGCUAAUGCACAGCCCGAAGUGGCGCAGUACAACCCUCCAUUCACCUUGCCAUUCAUGAGGCGCAACGAAUUGGCUCUGGAGAUUGAAGACGUGUUCACCAUCAAUGUGGCCUCACAGUGAAGAUAAUGUUCAGGUCUUUCAGUUUCUCAUUUCACACACAUGGUCAUAUUGACUUGCUGGAAAGGCAUUAAAAAAAAAAAUGGAUGAUAAGAAUGCGGAAGCUUUCAUCCCUUGUUGCAAUCUCCAAUAGUCAAAAAUAUGUGCUCGUUGAUUUAAUAGAUUGAUAUGGUUUUCAAUAGUUAAACAAGUGUGAUAUCAAUAUUGAAAAACACUGAUAAAAUGUUCAUCAGUUACCAAUGCUCAACGGUACACACAAAAAAAUUCAAUAGAUAUUAGAAGAUUGCAAUAA